UCGGCAGCUAAUGAGGCGCAUUGGAGUGACGUCCACGCCCCUCUUCGACUGAUGGACCCUUUUCACAAGACUGUGAUGACGCAUUUAACGGUCAUCAGCAUCAUAAAUACUCAAAAGUUUUUCAUAUUUGUAUUUUUUUGUUUUAAAUGUAUGUACGUUUAUAACACUAUUGUUUGUAUUGUAUUACCUGGCAUCAAAUUACAAAAAACUAGUUUACGCUAAUGCGAGAGUGUUUCUAAUGCAGCGUCUAUGGGAGGGAUGGUAAAUUUGACAUCUUAAAUCAUAAACCAUGUUAUAUUUCUUUGCAUGUCAAUUUUCUUGUUAUCAAAGCAUCAAAAAAGCAAUAGUGUCUAAUUUGAACAGCAGUUAUCAGUCUCUCUCAGUUUUUUCCCUUUUAUUGAAAGUCAUGAAAACACUAUCAUGGAGUUUUUCUAUUGCUAUUUGAGCAAAUGGGAGUGCAAAAAAUAUAUUUGUGGUACUCUCCCAUUCACCGCUCUUCAAGUUAACCCAACUAUGACGACUUCCGCUGCUGAGAAACCCAGAAAUGUAAAAAAGGUCCAUUGGCUAGAGGAGGAACUGUCAAUCAAGAACUACUGGACCAAUGAUGAUGCUUGAGCCUACCCUGAUUUACAUGAAACUCUAAUUGCAACAUUUGGAAAAGCAAGCGCAGAUUAUUUUUCGAUCCGUGACCAUUGUUUGCUAUUCUGAAAACUUUGUUUUCAAUAUAUUUUUUAAAUUUUGUUUUCACACUUGUUAUUUUUUUAUCCGUGACUGCAAUACUUUUGUCGGGAAUCUGAUCCCAUACCCCCCAUUUUAAAUUCUUAUUAUCCAAUGAAAGAUUAGAUUUUUGUGAAUUUUUGUAAAUAAAAGAUCAAAAGGAUUAACAAUGCAGAUUAAUUUUCACAGCGUUCUUUGGUCAUAUUUACCAAGGGUGCCGAUAUUUUUGGCCAUGACUGUAUAUAUGUGUAUAUAUAUAUAUAUAUAUAUAUAUAUAUAUAUUAGAUAAGUUUUACAUUCUGUACUUUUUAACUGUAUUUUAUUCUCAUGCAUUGUGUUGUUUUGGUUAAAAUGUAGACUCUUAUCCUUUAGAUCUCUCUGCAGUGGGUGAAUAAUGUAUUUUGCAUGAAUCAGUAUAUGAUUUCAAAUAGCAUCAGUGCAUCUGUUUAUAGGCUUUAAAUUGCAGUCCCCUGCAAAAGGUUUAGUUGGUUUGUGAAGUCUUUUACCAUCUGAAGGUUGAUUAUCAGAUUUUGUCAGACAAUAAACCGUGCAAGUCACUUGUUUCGUUUAAAAGAAGGAAAGAAAGAAAGAAAGAAAGAAAGAAAGAAAGAAAGAAAGAAAAAUACAACGAAAAAAAAAAUUCAUAGAACAUAUAAUGGACCGAUAACAUAUAGCGGAUAACAUAUUUUGCAGGACUAGACAACAUUGUAGUGUCAAACUGAAUUUCAAUUUAGUUUUUAAAAGCAGCAAUUUUGUCAGUUACACCUUUGACUAUAUAGAAGGAAACACUAAAACAUGUAAUCUCAGCUCUUUCAAUCUCCUUUAGUUUUGAUGCGUCACGGGGUCAACGAGACGCGAGGCGUGCGGAUCCAUUUGCAAGCUUCUAUUACUCAACAGAGACAUGGUCAUAAGAGACAGGGUCAAACAAUGGCAAACAGGUAUGGCAGGAACAAGACAAAGAGUAGUCCUAGGGCAAGUGUGGGUCUUCGAUCGGCGUUCAAUAUCCAAUGGUGCAAGGCAGAGAGAUAAUCCAGGUACACGAGCUAUAAUCCAAGAAAGGUGCAAACAGAGUCCGAACGGCAAGGCAAGGGAUAAUCUAGGAAACAUGGGCUAGAAUCAAAACACGGGAAAAACAGGCAAGGCAAGACUAAGACAACUAAGUAGAUUAGACUAAGACAACUAAGUGGAUUAGACUAAGACAACUAAGUGGGGAAGACUAAGACAACUAAGUGGGCUCCGUAGAGAAGCUAUCACUGGGGGAGAGAUAAACGCUAGACAAUACGGAAACUAAACAAACACAGAAAGGCUCGGUAAAGCAUCUAUCGCUAGGAGAGAGAUAUAUGCAGAACUAAACGCAGAGCUAAACAUAAAGACAGAGCUAAACAGAAACACAGAAUGGCUUGGUAAGGCAGCUAACACUUGGAGAGUGCUACACACAGAACAAUACUCAGCAAACUGUGAACGGAAGUCCAUGGUUUAUAUGGUGUGAUUGUGUGAUAGUUCUCAGGUGUGAGCGUGUGAUUGAGACAGCUGUGUGUACUUGGUGCAAUGAAUGAUGGGAAAUGUAGUCUGGUGAAGUGCAACAAUAGUGUGGUGCAAGAGUCCAUGUGAUAAGCGAGAGUGACCUCUGGUGGUGAGUGAACGGAAGACCAUAACCCGGAUUCGUGACAUGAUGGAUGUUUGUCUUUGAAAGUAUAUUUGAGCUUUUUUUUGUUGUUGUUUUUUAGAGCAGGCUCCGGAUGUUGUUCUGUCAAGUCAGUCUCUGCUUCAUUGUCAGGGCUUUUUAUGCUUCCCUUUUUUUUUAAAUCCACAUCAUUGCUGGUGAACAUCAAUGCCAUGGUAAUCUAAAAAGAUAAUGACGUGACAGGGUAAAAAAUCUUCAGGUAAAAUGAAUGUGCUUUGAAAGUCACCUACUAGUCACCCCAAUAGUUCCCCAAUAUAGCAAAUAAUCAUAUACAGAGCAUAUUCAAAUUAGACACUAUUGCUUUUUUGAUGCUUUGAUAACAAGAAAAUUGACAUGCAAAGAAAUAUAACAUGGUUUAUGAUUUACUAAUGGCAUAUUGAAUGGAUUCUAUAGUUAAUAUGUCAUAAAUAAUGUUUAACUAUAUACUGCUCUGACCCUACUUUGCAUUGAAUGUACAAGGUCAUGACAGUAUUCACUUCUGCAUGUUACAUCUUACUGUGUCAAAUGAAACAGUCACUCUUUACAUUUUGCCAGCUCUGAGAUAUUGGCUUGGAAAUUCUCCUGCUUUAACAUGCACCAGAAAAUUGUUGUUUAGUUUCAUUGUGUAACUUUUAGUGUGCUUUCUUUUUUACUGUACUGUACUUUCAAUGGGUUCAAAUCCAGUCCGAUAACAAGGUCAGGCGAAAAUACACUAAAAAAAUGAACUUAUUCUAGUUAAAUACCCUCUGUAUAUGAUACUACACUGUAUGACUAAUCUCAGAAUGUAUUAAUUAAUAGGCCAUCAUGCAUGUUUUCUUCUUCUAUUAACUAGCAUGCAAAUUACUAGCAAAUUGGCUGUUUAUUAGUACUUAUAAAGCACAUAAUGCCUUAUUCUCCAUGACCAUAAUUUAGAUCCCUUAAUCCUAUCCCAUACCUAAACCUAACUACCUUACUAACUAUUAAUAAGCAUCAGUUUAAGAGUUUAUUGAGGCAAAAGUCAUAGUUAAUAGUUAAUAGUGAGAAUUGGACUAUAAAAAAAAUAAAAACAAUAUGACCAAGUAUUGAUUUAUAUUUCUAAAGAUAGCAGUAGACACUUAUACAAAACACUCUCAUGACAGUUUGUAACUAUUGUAUAUUUGGGUGAAUUGGUGGCUAAUUCAUACAAAUUUGUGAUGAAUCAUACUUUAAACAUAUUUACUUGUAUGUUUAACAUCACACUGCAUUUUCACAUGGCUUGUUUCAUCAUCAUCUUUGUUUCAGUCAAUUUAACUUGUGCAGCAUGUUUUACUGUGAAGAGCAGCACUGAUUAGGUUGGCUCUAUCAGUUUGUGGUAAAUGCUGCUCCAUUUCUGCAAGCACUGUGAGUUUGAGUUGCUUAUAACCUGCAUUUGGGGAAAAUAAAUAAAUAAACAAACACACACACACAAAAAAAAAAAAAAACUUCCUGAACUUGUGAAGAGAAGAAAUAUCAUUUUAUUCCAAACUCAAUUCAUAUUGUCAGUCUAGUUUUUGAUCUGAUGUGACUUCUUAUUGUUGUGACACGUCAGAAGGGUUUGGAUCGGGAACGGGAACCUCCUCUGUAACACAUAUCACAGAAUGAGGCAGAAAAUAUUAUAUUUUAUAGUGUUAUUCUAUAUUUAUUAGAUAUUAUUCUAUACUGUAAUAACAUUUAUAACAAUUAGAAUGUCAUUUUAAAUAUACUUUAUUCUCAUGAAAAUACUCAAGAUGGCUUGAAGAACAGAAUAAAUCACAUAUUAUCGCAGUCAUAUGUUUAUUGUCUUUGUUUAAUAUUUGCAUGUUAGCAAGUCACCCUUCAUUUUUCAGUAAAAUUAUUAAAUUUUAUAAUUAUAUAAUAAUAUCAAAUACUUUUUUUUCUCCCCUAAAAUAGUGUUAUUACAAUACUAAUGUUUUCCCUCAAUAAACUCCUAAUUUGGUGCUUAAUAAUAGUAAGGUAGUUGUUAAGUUUAGGUAUUGGGUGAGGAUCAAGAAUAUGGUCAUGCAGAAUGAGGCAUUAAUAUGUGUAAGUACUAAUAAACAGCUAACAUGCUAGUAAUAUGCAUACUAAUAAGCAACUAGGUAAUAGUGUGAAUUAGUCCUUAAAAUUGUUACCAUAUACAGUAUUUUGUUUGUUUAAAUAAUUGCAGUUUAAGUCACAAUCACAUUUUUAGUAAAAAAACAAAAACAAAAAUCCCAAAAUUGUGCAGCCAUAAUUUCCCCUUAUUAUUAUUGUUGUUGUUAUUUUUAUUAUUUAUACUUAAUUUUAGGAAAUUUAAAAGCGUUUUCAGUGGAUCAACGUGAUUUUCUUCACCAGCAAUUAAAUUUAAAGUGUUUGAAAAAGUGAAAUGAGUCACUGCAGGUUGUGUUUAAUGGGUUGACUUUUUAAGCCAUCUAACAUAUACAGCAAGGGAUGCUUUAAAAGGUUAACAUCUAAGUUUAUCUGUCAUAUCUGUUACCCAAAGGCAGUAUUUGUGCCUCCUUAAAAUAUAUAAAAACGCAGGUGCAGAGGGCCAGUUCUACAUUAUUGUGAGGGAAAUCUCUCAUCCCUCCAUGCUGUUGCCUCCACACUCAACCUACAUGCAAAUGAGCAUCUGUAGAACCUUAGAUAGAGAACAUCCUAUCUAAAUCCCAUUUGGCAAAUGCGUAUUUAUCAAACGAGGCGAGGCGAGAAGUGCACCUCUGUUUGCCAAGCCGGCAGUGGAUCCCACUUCAUAGCAUCCUAACCCUGCCUGCUUGUAUGACAUUUGGCGGGUAAUCUAUGCCAUUAUUGUUUCUCCAAAGCUGAGUUUUAUUCAGCACUGUGUGGCUCAACAUGGUGUUUGCAUAGAGCUUAGUGGGUUUUUUAAAUUCUCAUUUUCCUCAACAGGUAUUAAGCACCUUGUACUGUCAGCAUUACAAAGGGUAAGCAAAACGGGAAGAUUAUUCCACUUUGCUUGGAAAUGUUAUGUAAAUAUAAGGAUGAGAUGAAUUAGGGUGUAAAAUCUAUCAUGAAUUUAAAUUGUACAACAUGUGGGCUUCAUGACUAUAUUUGAACAGCAUGUUCCUUGAGGGGAAAAAUCAGAGGCCAUUGACUUUGGGCCAGAUGGGACCAGCUAAUUUUCUGCUUGAUAUCACUUGCAUUAUUGCAAAUGGCAUCCUUCAAAAACAUACUGUUACAGUUGCAAAGUGUGUUAAUAUUUGGAGACCUCAAACGAUUUUCUGAAUUAUUGAAGUAUUGUCGCGCGUUUAGGGCACUGUUAUUACCAUCUAAAUAGAGUACAUCAUCUCGGUUAAUUUUCAUUAAUUCUCAUGUUACAUUAUAAUUACAUUGUAAUAAUAAUGAAAAAUUGCUGAAGGAUGUUAAGUUUACUGUAAAAAGUGUAAUUGCAACACAUUUACUGUUUUGUUUUGGCCAUUCGCAGUUUAUCAUCUCUUACGUCCCCAUAUUUCCUAUGCUGAAUGUAUGAAAUUAUCUAGAGUUUUCUAUGACCUUGGAAGCUUACACACAACAAAGUCAUUGACAGAACAAGCAGUAGGCCCACAGCACACUAAGGCUUGUUGACGUGAGUCCAUAUUAUUCAAAUGCCACAGCCCACUGGGAUCUUGCUCUUGGACUUAUUAAUUCAACUCCCUUUGAGUUGCAUAGAGCCUUUGUUUCCCUAACUCUCCGUUUGAUUGGGGUCUGGCCUAUGGGGCAUGUAAACUCCCACUCGGGAUGAUUGUUCCUCCCUGGCCUAAAGCUCUUCCAAUCAGAGGCCUUUUCUGUAGCUGCAGCCACUGUUCUGAGUCCCCAAACUUGUUGACUUUCAAACAACUCCAGAGUUUUAAUGAAGGUCCUUAGUGAAGACAGCACCAGCCUCUGUCUGUGUUUUAUUACAUGGCAGGACGACAGGGCCUCAGGUCUAACAGGGAAGGGUCGUGUGGACGAACAGGUGGGCUAUUACUGCCUCACAAUCCCCCUGCGCUGAGAGGACGGCUACUAGGUCAUCCAAGGCCAACAAGGAGGGAGAAAAGAAUGACCCAGGAACAGUGCCCUCAUAGAAACAAUGUCCAAAGUACUGAAAAACCACAAGUGUAUAAAGUGGGGAUCUACGGUUGGCGGAAACGUUGCCUUUACUUCUUUGUCCUACUCCUCAUGAUCCUCAUAGUGGUCAACCUUGCUCUCACCAUCUGGAUCCUCAAAGUUAUGAACUUCACUAUAGACGGCAUGGGUCACCUGCGCAUCACAGAAAGAGGCCUGAAACUGGAGGGAGAUUCGGAAUUCCUUCAGCCACUAUAUGCCAAAGAAAUCCAGUCCAGACCAGGAAGCCCAUUGUUCCUGCAGUCAUCUAAGAAUGUGUCUGUCAACAUCCUCAAUGAGAAGAAGCAAUUAGUAUCUCAACUCAUUGCAGGUUCACAUGGAGUUCACGCAAGAGGUAAAAUGCUGGAGGUAAAAUCAAGUGCAGGAAAGCUGCUCUUCUCUGCUGACGACCAUGAGGUCGUAGUUGGUGCAGAGAGAUUACGAGUUAUGGGAGCUGAGGGUGCAGUGUUCAGCAACUCGGUGGAGACCCCACAUGUGAGAGCUGAGCCCUUCAAAGAGUUACGAUCGUCUGUCUCCAAGUUCCGUGUGCAUCCUGUGGAUUCCCUCGUCUCGUCCUCCCCGCAAGUCUGUGGAAUUCAGUUUCAUCACUCUCAUUCUCACAUAUCAUCGGUGUUCACCUCGGAUCUCACCCUCUCACCUUAAGUCUCAAGAUCAAUCUGCGUUUACUACUACCUGUUCAAUAAACACGAACGUACUGUCACUUACCUCUGUGUCUGGCUAUAUAUGUUACAGAAGGUCGGACCGCUUACCGAUGAUGAAACUGGAGGUAGGACUGUGUUUGUUUUUCAGAACGGCAGAAGUAUUGAGGAAUAUGUGGAAGAAUUUAUUGAAACCAGUUACCAAGCCAUCUGCAGCGACCUCA